AGCAAAAACCCCAACCCCAAAACCCUACUUUGUUAAAACCCCUCUUCUCCAGUAGUCCAGUGGACCAUCGCUCAAAGCUUCUCUGAGACUGUACCCUUACCACCCUAACUGUAAUGGCCAAUUAAGCCCAAACUGAACUGAAAAGUCCAGCCAUGGCGGCGAAGAAGAAGAAGCAGGACCGGAAUUGCCGGAAGGAUUCUGGCAGGAGGAGUGCCGAGCAGAGUGGAGCUGGGAAGGGAGUGAAUUGCAGGAGAAAUGGGAAUACCAUGAAGAGGAAGAGCACGCAACAGCAAUUCAUGAAUGGUGACGAUUAUCGGCUUCGGCUUCAGGAGCUUCUCUACUCCCCGGAGCACAUUUUCUCCAAAAUUUUCCGCAAAGAUGGGCCGCCCCUCGGGGGAGAGUUCGAUUCUGUCCCGGAACAGGCAUUUAUUCACUGUGGUAAAGAUUCCCGUAAUCCUCAUCGUGCUUGCCGGGAAAACCAAAGAGCUCAUAAACGGAGAAAGAUGUUGACACCUGCCUUCUCUGAAGACCACGCUUGCGGCGAAGACAACCCUUCCUCCUCUGGAAAUAAUCAUGGUGUUGGGAAAGGUCUGAUUACCAACAAGGGUAAUUCAGCAAAUAAAUAUGGUGUAGGGAAAGGCAUGAUGACUGUAAGGAGUGCUCUUGUUAAAAGGUAUGGUAUUGGAAAGGGUUUGAUGACAGUUUGGCGGGCAACAAAUCCAGAUUCUGCACAUUCUCCAGCUGGUGUUAAUUUUGGUGAGAGAGCUAAAGAGAAAAAGAAGUUUCAACAAAGGCAGUCUAUUUUGAAAAAGUUGGCAAAUAAAUCACAGGAUAAAAGGAAGCCUGCACUUAAAAGCAGAAAGUUGGAAACUCAAAAAACUUUAAAGUGGAAACAGCCUCGCAAAGAAAAAUGUGAACUUGCUCUAGAGGAGGGGAGUGAAGAAGACAGCAGUCAAUUUGCACUGCUAGUGGAUGAUGAGGAGUUGGAGUUACAAGAGUUACAAACAGGACCAAAUCCAUUAACUUGCUGUACACACUUCACUGGUAAUGGAUUGCGUGGGUGUUCUCUUUGCAAAGAUUUGCUUGCGAAGUUUCCUCCGGAUACUGUCACAAUGAAACUCCCCCUAUACAUGCAUCCAUGGGAUUCUUCUCCAGAGCUUGCCAAGAAAAUUUUCAAGAUCUUUCAUUUCCUUUGCACUUGCGCCGUAAUAAUGGAUAUAUCUUCAUUUACCCUUGAUGAGUUUGCUUGUGCAUUUCAUGAUAAAGAUUCUUUGCUGCUUGGUCAAGUUCAUGUGGCCCUUCUCAGGCUUCUGUUGUCAGAUGUUGAAAUGCAACUUGCUAGCGACUUACCUUGUCAUUCAAGCAAAAACAUUCAUUUUCUGGAUUUAGUUCAAUCAGUUGAACAUAAGACAUAUAUUCUAAAAGUUUGGCUGGAUUCGCUGAAUGCCCUCACAUGGAUAGAAAUCUUGAGGCAAGUGUUGGCUGCAGCUGGUUUUGGGUCCCAAUGUGGUGUAAUUCCUAAGGAAGCUCUCAACAAGGAAGCCACUUUUAUGGCCAAGUAUGGCUUAGCUCCUGGUACACUGAAGGGUGAAUUAUUCAGCAUUUUGCUAGUGCAAGGAAGUAAAGGAAUGAAAGUUCCAGAGCUGUCAAAAUUGCAAUCUAUUGUUGAGUUGAAUCUUGUGGAAACUACCAAUGAAUUAGAAGAUUUGAUAAGCUCAACUCUUUCAAGUGACAUUACCUUGUUUGAGAAGAUUUCAUCUUCAGGAUAUCGUCUACGCCUUAAUCCUGCUGCCCAGGGAACUGAAAUUUACCAAUUGGAAGAUGAUGACUCUGAUGUCAGCAUUGGAUACUGCAGUAAUGAUGAUUCUGACAUUGAGUGCCUAGACUCAGCUCCAGCUAAAUCCAGAAGAAAGAAUCAGCAUGUAAAUAAGAUAUUGACAGUAUGCACUGAAAUUGAUGAAAGCAACCCAGGAGAACCAUGGCUGGUAGGAUUGAUGGAAGGAGAAUAUUCAACUCUGAGCAUUGAAGAGAAACUGAAUGUCUUGAGUGCAUUGGUUGACCUUCUUACUGCUGCAUCUAGAUUCAAAAUUGAGGAUCCUGUAACAAGUGAUGCUGGUUUUGCUCCUGUAACAAUUAAUCAUGGUUCAGGGGCAAAAAUAAAGAGAUCUACAGCAAAACAGAGACAAAUAGGAGGCUACUGCAGUUGGCUUAGUGCCAAGGACAUGAGCAUGACAUCAGCACUUCACCCUGUUGAUUCUUUAGUCCUCAUGUCAAGUAAAUAUAAGAAAGAUAAUUCCUUUAGCAUGUCUAAUGCACCAAAAAUGGAUAAUGGGGAUGAUUUGCACCCUAUGCAGUCUAUCUUCUUGGGUUCUGAUCGCAGGUACAACCGAUACUGGAUGUUCUUGGGCCCUUGUGACGACUUUGAUCCUGGUCACAGAAGAAUUUAUUUUGAAUCAUCUGAAGAUGGUCAUUGGGAGGUGAUUGAUACAGAAGAGGCAUUGGGCACUUUGUUGUCAGUUUUAGACCACAGAGGAGCACGGGAAGCUCGCCUUAUAGCAUCUUUGGAGAAGCGAGAAACAGUACUUUCUCAGGCAAUGUUGACCACGAUUAAUGAUGAGAGAGUGGGACAAUUAGUCCCAUCUCAUCAAUGUGAAAUGAGUAUUUCCAGGGAAGAGAGUUCAUCUUCAGCAGUUUCAGAUGUCGACAAUGCGAGUCUUGCUGAAGUGCAAAAUGGACUUCCCUCUUCUAUUAAUUCUGUAGUCCAUGUAGGGAAGAAGGUAGAGCCACAGAGAGACAAAUCUGGCCUUGCCAAAGCUUUUGACACAUGGAUAUGGAAGUCAUUCUAUUCCAAUCUUAAUGCUGUGAGACGUGGAAAAAGGCCAUAUCUUGAAUCACUUGCAAGAUGUGAAUGGUGUCAUGAUCUCUACUGGAGGGAUGAGAAGCACUGCAGAAUUUGUCACACUACAUUUGAGCUCGACUUUGAUAUUGAGGAGAGAUAUGCUAUUCAUUCUGCAACUUGUGGACUGAAUAUAGAUACUAAUAAGUCCCCAAGGCAUAAAAUCCUGUCCUCGCAAUUGCAAUCACUUAAAGCUGCAAUCUAUGCAAUUGAGUCAGUUAUGCCUCAAGAUGCCUUAGUGGGCUCUUGGAUUAAGUCUAUUCAUAACCUUUGGGCCAAAAGACUACGCCGAGCCUCAACUUUGGCCGAAGUUUUACAGGUUCUUGCUGAUUUUGUCAGUGCUAUCAAUGAGGACUGGGUCUAUCAAAUUAUUCAUGAUGGAUCAAAUUGUGUUCUGGAAGAAUUUCUUACAAGUUUUCCAACCAUGCCACAAACUGUGUCUGCAGUUGCUCUUUGGUUGGUAAAGUUAGAUACCUUGGUUGCACCAUAUAUGGCAAGUGCUGCUUCUCAGAAUAAAAUGCAACUAAAUGCCAAUUCAAAAGGUAAGCAUGCUAUAGAGGUAUAGAUGCCCUUUCUGGUCCACAAGCACACGGUAUUAUCUACAGUGAUCUUAAAUGCCUUGGAAUUUCUUCUCCACAUUUGAGAUGUUUCAAAUAAAGAUGUGUCCAGCGUCCAUGGUUAUCCUAGCAUGACGAUGGUUGAUGCUGUAGCCUGUAAGGUGCAAAUAAUGCACGCUACGGCUUUGAGUUUUCUGGAAGAUAAACAAAACAUGGUGUGUAGUUCAGACAUCAGGGCAAUGAUCAAGGCUGAAGUUACGCGUGCUUGCGUAGUACUAAUCCAUUUUUUGGGCUCACUUUUACCAGGACGCCAGCAAGAUUGUUUUGAUGUACAGAAUAUAUAUAUAUAUAUAGAGAGAGAGAGAGAGCAACCGAGGUUCCUCACUCCAUCUUAGACCCCACAAAAUUUUGCUGUAAUGUUGGUUUUAUUAGUAUUCACAACUGAAUAGCUUUUCACUUGCAAUAUCACCUUACUCCAUGUAGAGAAAAUUCUACACUUGUGUCUCAUGUAAGAAAGAAUAAAAGUCUCUUGGUUCUUUAUAUCCCAAAUCCCAUUUUUUAGUUCA